ACGACAAAUGUGAAAAAGAAUUUCCGCUUUUGCUUUUGUGAAUUUGGCCAAAAAAUCAGAAUCAGAAAAUCUUGAACCAGAAUGAGAAUUGGACGUGUGCGUGCGCGCCCUGGUUCCAUCUUCUCAUAUUUGUGUGUGUGUGAGAAAAUUAAAUUAUUUAUAAUGACUUUGGUAACGAAUGCAAAGGAAGAUAAUUGUUGAAAGAGUUGUAAACAUAAACAAUUUCGAAAGGCGCCGAAUAUUGUGAAAAUCUAUAAUCGGUGUAAUCUAGUGAUUCGAUUAAAUAAUUUUGAAUAGGUAUUAAAAAGUGAAAAAAUUGUCAAUUAUGCCGCAGCGCAAACGAUUGAUGUGGAAAUUUCGCAGUGAAGACGCGUAUUCGAGAUUUUCCUGAAUUUCGUUUCAUGUAUCUGAGUAUACACACAUACCUGCAUACAUAUGUAUGUAUGCACUCGCAAUGGAAAAUUCAAUAAAUAGCACCAAAGUGUGGAAAACUAAUAUAGUGAAAAAACUCAAUUAGGGUAAUGUGAAUUUCGACAAUUCCAUAUUUUCGGAUUAAAUACCUACCAAGUGAAAAUUGCACAAGCUUAGCAAAGCACGCUACCUCCGGCCGGAUUGGCAGAACUUCCAGCAACGCGUUCGGGCAAUAAUUGCGAAACGCAUCUUUAAAUACAUAUUUAUUUAUUUUGCAAAUGAACAAGUCAAAAAAUCCACAACAUUAAACAUAUCCAUCCGUUUGCAAUUCUAAUUAAAUUUAAGUCGCAAGACAUGUAAUACAAAAAUUGCAUAUAAGUAUUGGCAAAAUUGUUAGCAGCAAUACUACAACAUAAAUACAUAUGUUUCUAUAUAUGUAAAUCAACACUACGACUAUCAAUCUUCCACUGUUACUACAAACCAAAUUAAAUUUGGACGCAUCAUUCAAUAGCAUAAGUAAAACUAUUACUUAUAGAAAUCUAUAUCGGCGUCGACUUAAGCAUCUGUAAAAGCAUUUAACUCAGUCAACAUGGAUUGGGUCAUUCAUGAUGAACUCGGUAUUACUGUCGGUCAUGUGGCUAGUGGAGCAGCAGCUUCCGCUAUGGUCAUCGGCGGUGUUAUACCUUAUGUACCGCAAUAUUUGGAGAUCAAGAAAACACAAGAUGCAGAUGGAUUUUCGCUUCACGUUUGUCUUGCUUUGUUGAUUGCGAAUUCUCUAAGAAUUUUCUUCUGGUUUUCCAAGCAAUAUGAGCUUCCGCUUCUUGUUCAAAGCGUUGUGAUGAACAUUACCAUGUUUCUUAUGAUACAUUUAUGCGUUAAAGUGAAACGUAUGAAUGCGUCAAAUAGAGAGCACACAUUUUCGGCUGAUGAUCUACGUCUACCAAAAGUAACGAUCGACACGGAUACUGCUGGUUCAGUGUCCACAGAUGUUGGCGCUUUGAAACGUGCACGCUCCAGGCACUAUUUAAACGGUAAGGGCAAGACCUCAAAGCUGUUAAAGCUGUGCUACAAAAAAGAAUGAAAUAGGAAUACCUGGGAAGUUGGUCUAGCAAGAAUCGAAGUAUGAAAUUUGCCAAGCAACCACAAAAUCUUGGCUUAUCGUUAAAAGCCGGUUUUCAGUACUUUUGCGCACUUACAUAUAAGCCUAUAACUUAGUUGAUUAUCCACCAGU